GUUGUUGUCAUUCGAAUGCCCUGUUGUGCUAGAUGAUGAGCGACUUUGUUUCUUUCUCUAUAGGUGUGUACGAACGUUGCCUGAAGAUUAUUACGGAGGAUGCUGAUGUGUUUGACCUCGUCUGCUAGAUGAGGAGGUAUUUUCUUUCUUCCCUGAGUAAUUUUGACUAGGAUUUCCGAAUCGGUUUGAAUUUCUAUUUUAUGGUAACCGAUGUUUGAUAAAAUGGCCAUGGACGUUGCUGCUGCUAUUGUUUCGGCCUGGAGUGGCGUUCUCGAUUUGACCGGAAAGGAGAAUGCCUCUAGUAGAACCCCUCUUCUAUUUCUGAGGAUUCCACCCCCUGCACUGUUAGUGAGAUUGUGGGCUGCAUCUACAUUCAGACAGAGAUCUGCAUCGGAGUCGGCCGCACGAUCGGGAGCUCUUUGAUGGGAAGAGCUCGAUAAAUAGGAGCAGCAUAUGGCUCUUGUUUUACACCCUGAGUCUGCUCCUCACUAUCAAUAUACACACCAUCUAAUAGAGUGAAGAGAAGGGCUUGGAAGAGCAAAAUAAGCAGGGCAGUUCACUGUGUUCAAGGAAAUGGCUGAAGUUGUUCAACCUGCAAAUGUUUCUGAUAUGAAAUGUGACAUUCCCGAAUUAAGGGGUGAUAACUAUAAGGUUUGGAAGGAGCGUGUUCUCCUUCAUUUGGGCUGGAUGGACAUUGACUAUGCUAUAAGGAAAGACGAACCACCGGCUAUAAUGGCAACUAGCACUCCGGAUGCAGUUGAUCUUUAUGAAAAGUGGGAGAGAUCUAACCAUCUCUCCGUAAUGUUAAUAAAGACCAAAAUAACUGCUAGUAUCCGUGGUUCUGUCGAUCAGCAUACUAAAGUCAAGGACCUUUUGAAGGCUAUUGAUGAGCAAUUUGCUACAUCUGAUAAGACCGUUGCCAUCACCUUAAUCAUGAAGUUCACAACCAUGAAGUUCACUGGGAUAAGAGGCGUGCGUGAACACAUCAUGAACAUGAGGGACAUAACGGCUCAGUUGAAAACUUUGGAGGUAACCAUGUCGGAUGCUUUUCUGGUUCACUACAUCCUUUACACUCUUCCACACCAAUAUGCUCCUUUUAAGAUCUCCUAUAACACACAUAAGGAAAAAUGGUCAAUUAAUGAGCUACUGACCAUGUGUGUUCAGGAGGAGGAGAGGUUUAUGAUGGAAGAGGGUGAACGGGUGAACUUGACUGUUCAUGAAAAGAAAAGGAAGGAUCAUGCCAAAGGUAAAGGCAGCAUCCCUCCACAGGCAGUCAUUAAGAAAGAGUCAAAGUGUUUCUUUUGCAAGAAAAAGGGACACAUGAAGAAAGAAUGCUCUAAAUUCAAGAGCUGACUCGAAAAGAAAGGAUAUGGAAAACCUAAGGAAACCAGGGGCAAGUGAACAAUGCAUCUACUCAGGAGGAAGAAUAAGUUCACAUGUUGAAGCCAUUGGGACAUGCAAUUUAAUUUUAAGCAGCGGUUUUAUUUUACAAUUGGAAAAGACCUUUUAUGUUGCCAGUUUUUCAAAGAAUUUAAUUUCUGUUUCGAGACUAGCUCCUUUAGGAUUUAGUUUCAAUUUCUCAAGUUCUGGUUUUACUUUAAUAAAUAAAUCAAAAACCAUUGGUUUUGGUUCUUUAGUUGAUGGUCUUUAUUCAAUUGAUGUGAAAUAUAAUGUUGCUUAUGAUUCAAU